ACAGAGCCAAGAAUAGUUGGGGGGAGUCACAUGGUGUUGAGGGCUUUUAAAUCAGCAAGUAGAGCUUGAAGCCUGGGAUCAGUCCAUGUGGUGGAUGCCAAUAGCAACAAUAUGAGUGGGAUUGGGACCCACAACCACAGUAGUGUGACGGUGAUGGCGUUUGAUAUGAACAGGACCGCGGCUCUCACCACGGUCGACCAGGAUAUGAACGCAGCAGUACAUGGUAGAGUUCAACGUGUUCAACAUCAUCCUAAUGUCUCUGGCCUUGUGUGUUCUCACCAUCACUGGCCUGUUCUGCAGCAUAUCCUGUCACAACCGCAGACGGCUGUUGAAGAGGGCCCAUAUGUAUGAGAGUGCUGUGCUCCGUGACGUACCAGUCAACCCGGUGGAUAUCAGAGCUGUCAAGAGAUCCGCCAGUUUCAGAAACCCUCUCUCAUUCUUCAGAAAACAGGAAGCAUCUAAGGACAACUCCAGAAUCUACUACAUCUACAGUAACCCUCUACCCAUAGGGCUGGAGGAAGAGGACAAUAUCCAGAAUAUCACCCCUGGUGGAUCGAAGGAGCAAGAAGAGCUAACCUUUCAGGACUACGCCAAUGAUCCCAAUAGUGGUAUCAUCCUGGACCCGCCCAACUUCUACAUGCAGCUCUAGAGCAAGGUGGCAUGUUCCACUUCAUGGGAGGGGUGUUUUUUUUUUGUCCUAUUCAAGUUUGUAUUUUGGGAAAAACAUUGUCUAAAGUGGAUGAACUUUGAUGAAGUUAUUUGGAAGUUGUGAACGAUCCUUUUUUCCACACUUGGAUAUUUAUUGAAUCGCCAUAAAACAGUUCAGACAUGGAUGGUGAUGAUGCUUUAGAAAAGAAGCAUAGCGUGAAAUACACAGAGACCAGAACCAUAGAUAGUAGCUUCUCAGAGAAAAUAUCAAAAGAAAAGGUUAUCAUCACUGCUGAGAUGAGCAAUCAAUUGAUCGAUCAAUUGUACUCCUGGGCAAUACAAUUGAAUGAAAUAAGAGUCAGUCACAGAAAAGCCUUCAGGCGAUUGGCUGGGUUUCCCUGAUCAGCCAAUCCAUGGCCUCCUUGCGGCCCUGCCUCUCCAGCUCUGCUCCAAUCGUCUCCCGGCACUGCCUGUGGUACUCGUUCACCCAAUCACGCUGCAGGAAGAGAAGAGAGAGUGUCACACACAGAGUGAUAACAUACAAAAAUGGCAGAACUAUUACUAAUUACUAAACUUCCCCGGUUUCAAAGGGCACCUGUGGAUAUUUCCUGAAGACCUCCUUAUACAUGAUCUUUGUCUCCUAUGGCAAAGCUGAUUUGAAACUGAAAGAUUGUUUUAUUUCUGGUCUACCACGUGUCACUUAAUUCCACCAAACAAUACAGUAUUUCUACACAAGUUUCAAGGGCUGUUUACAUUUUAGAGCUGUAUAAUGAUGACUUUUUAAAAUUAAAAAUAAAUCAGUGCUUCAUUUUAAUAUAAAUAAAUGAGUGCCUCAUUUUAGUAUAAAUAAAUGAAUGACACCUCCUAAAGAAAGUGUGUUUGGUAAAAUAUUAAUUCCAAAGAAUGGGGACCAAGACUGACCUCUUUCUGGGUGAGAAGAUCUGUGUUUACCAUCUUGGCUUGGAUGGGGACCAGAGUGAGAGGCUCAAAUGUCAAACUGCCCUUGUUCCUGUAGUUGUACUGAGGACACAGACACAAAGGUCACAUGGUCUUCACUAGCCUUCACACUUCAUUUUACACGUAGUCAGUCAAUCUGUCUCCAUAAACAUCAAUACUCAUUCUUCACUCUAUACACACUUCAUUUUAUAAUUAUUCAGUCAAUCUCUUACCUUGGGUUUUGCUGGCACCACCAGAACAACGUUUUCAAUUCGAAUGCCAAACAAACCGUCCUCAUAGUACCCAGGUUCUGAGGAAAGGAAGGAGACAAGUUCAGGUGUGUGUGUGAGAGAGAAACAAACAGAGACGGAAAGAAACAGAGAGAGAAAUAGUUAAAUUGUCUGUGUGUUUGUGUAUGCAUGCAUGAUAGUUAGUAAGUGUGUGUGUGUAUGCGUGCCUGCAUGUCUGCAUGCAUGUACGUGAGUCUGUGUACGUCCAUAUAUGUGUGAGCGUACCCACCAUCGCUGACAAUCAUGCCUGCCUCCAGGGGCUCGUCGGCGAAGGUCUUGUAGGAGAUCCCACAGGGUCCCUCGUGGACAUUGAGGAAACAUCCCACCCCGUGGCCCGUACCAUGAAGGUAGUCCAGCCCAGACUCCCACAGCGCCUGGCGGGCAAACGAGUCCAGCAGGUGACCUAAGGGUGGAGGGGGAGGAGUGGAGGUUUACAUUUCACAUAUUAGUCAUUUAAAAACAAACAUUGCCAACAUUGACUACUCCACAAACAACAAGGUCUCACCUUUGGUUCCGUUGGGGAAAAUGGCAGCGCUGACGGCUAUAUGUCCCUUCAGAACAUAGGUGAAGGUUUCCUGAGACACAGAGAGAAAACCUAUAGGUCACUGAACAUACCACUGGGACUUUCCUUCUGUCAUAUGCUGUAGCAGGUCGUGAGAGGAGAGGCAUAUGGAUAAUUGUUACCUUCUCAUAAGCAGAGGGGGACCCAAAGUGCAUGGUGCGGGUGACGUCUGUUGUUCCAUCACUAGAAAACACCAGAAUUUAUUAGAACAAUAUGUUUUAUUUGUAAAGUGCUUUUCUUAUGUGUCACAUUAUUAUGUAUUACAUGUAGGAUUAUGUGCAGCAUUAUUACAUGUAGGAUUAUGUGUAGCAUUAUUACAUGUAUGAUUAUGUGUAGCAUUAUCACAUGUAGAUGUAUGUGUAGCAUUAUCACAUGUCGGAGUAUGUGCAGCAUUAUCACAUGUGAUAAUGUUACAUACUCCAACAUGUGAUAAUGCUACACACAAUCCUACAUGUGAUAAUGCGACACACAAUCCAACAUGUGAUAAUGCUACACAUAAUCCUACAUGUGAUAAUGCUACACAUAAUCCUACAUGUGAUAAUGCUACACAUAAAUCUACAUGUGAUAAUGCUACACAUAAUCCCAUAUGUGAUAAUGCUGCGCAUAAUCCUACAUGUAACCAUGAUGCACAUAAUCCUACAUGUAAUAAUGCUACACAUAAUCCUACAUGUAGGAUUAUGCACAUCAUUAUUACAUGUAGGAUUAUGUGCAGCAUUAUCACAUGUGGGAUUAUGUGCAGCAUUAUGACAUGUGGGAUUGCGUGUAGGAUUAUCACAUGUAGAAUUAUGUGCAGCACUAUCACAUGUGGGAUUAUGUGUAGCAUUAUCACAUGUAGGAUUAUGUGCAGCAUUAUUACAUGUAGGAUUAUGUGCAGCAUUAUCACAUGUAGGAUUAUUGCUUACAUAUACUGGGCUCCAGAGUCGAGGAGGUAGAUUUCGUUUAGAGAGAGAGUUCUGUUGGUUUCAGGGAGGGGUCUAUAGGACAACAAAAAUAAGUACAUAAAUACAAAAUAAGUUAUCAAAAACAUAAAUUAUAGACAAC